AUGUUGAAGUCCACUACUCCAAUAUACUAUCAACAAUUGGAAUCGGUUUCAAUAGAAGAAUGUCAAUUGACGAUAGAUGAAUUACUAUUGGUAACCUCUUUAACACCAUCAUUAAUUCAUCUCAAAAUAGUCUCAGAUAUUUCUGAUAUCCAUGCAUUUACUUUGGUUACUAAUGCCUCUCACUGGGAAAUGUUUAUUCAGAGGCAAUUACCACGACUUCGUAAAUUUGAAUUUCUCUUUUCAUUCAAACAUAACUCAGAGAACGAGAUCGUUAACCUUGACUCGUUUGUUACUCCAUUUCGUACGCCAUACUGGCUGAAUGAAAAACAUUGGUUCAUCGCUAGUGCAUAUGUCAUGACAGGCCCAGAGGUUUGGUUGUACACACUACCUCUAUGUGCACAUGGUCGUGGGGCCGCACCUAUGUAUGAAAUUCCAUCGGUAGAUAGCGACGGUCAUCUAAUCGCAAAUUGUAAAUAUGUUUAUUCACAUGUUUCACCAGAAAAUAAUACAGAUAUGCCUUUUAAUCUGCGUCUACACUGCGUGGGAAAUGAAGGAGCAAAGUAUAUUGCUCGUGCACUACGAUCGGACGAAGCAAUUAUAGAGUUGAAUCUGAGCGAAUAUUAUAUUGGAUCUGAUGGAAUUCAAUAUCUAAGCGAUGCAUUACGCAAAAACACAGCAAUCACAACACUCAAUCUGAAAGGAAUGCAAUUAAGAAAUGAAGGAGCAAAGCAUAUUGCUCAUACACUGCAAUUAAACCAAACAAUCGCACAACUAGAUCUUGGAGGAUGCCUUAUUGGAUCUGAAGGAGUCCAAUGUCUAAGUGAUGUUUUACGCGAAAAUACAACGCUUAAAACACUACGUCUUGACGCAAAUUCAAUCUGUAAUGAUACAGUAUUGUUUUUAAUCGAAGCAUUGCGUCGCAACAAAACACUCGUGACGCUCAGCCUAGGCUGGAAUCGAAUUGAAGACAAUGGUUUACGGUACAUUACUGAUUUGCUUAAGGAGAACAAGACACUCGAAGUACUUGAUCUCCGACGGAAUUAUAUCGGAUAUAAAAGUAUACCUUAUCUAACAGCUGCUCUAGAACGAAAUACAACCCUUGCUACACUUGUACUUUGGGGCAAUAGAAUUUUCGAUGGCAUUAAUGAUGGUUUGGUUUCCACUGCUUCAGUGAUAUCUUGGUUUUACCGUGAUUUUACACACAACGCAGUUUCAGAUUUCGAUUGA